GAGCCAGACAUUUUUAUCUCCAAGAUUCAUGCCAGAUCAAUUUUAGUUCUAUUUGUUUGAGAAACAAAAGACAAAAAGACGAGUUCAGUACACUUUGUGAUUACUGUCCUGCACCAUAGCAAUCUAGACAUAGUACAGGUAGAAAGAAACUGUACAGAACAGAAAUACUCUCUAAAGAUUUAGAUUGAAAUUGUAAAAAGUGACAUACUCGACUCUUUGUGUAUGCCUACUUAUAACUGAUAGCUGGUUGAAACUGGUAUACUACACACUGACACAUUAUAGUGGUCAUCCAGAAAGAUUUUUGACACUUGUUGGCUUACAAAGAGGCCAGUUGUACCUUUUCUUUCAUAUGCCUGGUGCAAAACAAACAGCUUGCUUCAAUGGAGAACUGCAGCAGCAAAAGAACUAAUUGUAGAGGCCGCCGUUACCUCAGCAUCAACUGGGAGAUAGCCUAGCCUAGUUCAGCUCAGGUGAGCACAGCCCUCCUAGCUAGUCCGUGACUCGUCCUACCCCAUCCCUCUUCUCCUGCAUCCCAACAGUACCCCUUCCCUCAACCUCUACCUUUCCUAAGUGAGUUGCCAUGGCAUCAGUGCGCUUCACCGUGACGCCCACCAAGGCCGAGGACCUCCCGGGCCUGACCGACACAUCGCCUGACAUCAGCUCCCGCUCAGGCGCCCGUGUGCGCUUCGGCUCCAGGGAGAGCGUCAAUCGGAGUGACCCGCUCAGCGAGACGUCGGGAGGCGGGACGACGGCCGCUACAGCAGCAGGAGGAGGGGCUGACACGCCGGAGCACAGCAGCAUAGAACAAGGUGAUGGAAACUCCAAAAUCUCCAGCGUGUACAUCAACAACACUCAUGGGGUGGACGACGAUGACUUCUAUGACAGAAACUUGGCCUUAUUUGAGGAGGAGAUGGACACUCGACCAAAGGUGUCAUCUCUUCUUAGUCGUCUGGCCAACUACACCAACCUGACGCAGGGCGCCAAGGAGCAUGAGGAGGCCGAGAGCAUCGGUGAGAAGAAGAAAGCCAGCAAGUCGCCGCAGAUGGGGACGUUCAUGGGCGUUUACCUGCCUUGUCUGCAGAACAUCUUCGGUGUCAUCUUGUUCCUGCGGUUGACCUGGGUGGUGGGAACUGCUGGGAUCCUGCAGGCCCUCUCCAUUGUCUUUAUCUGCUGUUGCUGUACGUUGCUGACUGCGAUAUCAAUGAGCGCAAUCGCCACUAAUGGAGUUGUUCCAGCGGGAGGCUCCUACUUCAUGAUCAGCCGCUCUCUUGGUCCUGAGUUUGGGGGGGCAGUGGGCCUGUGUUUCUACUUGGGCACCACCUUCGCUGGAGCCAUGUACAUCCUGGGAGCCAUCGAGAUCCUUCUGAUGUACAUUGCACCUAAGGCAGCCAUUUUUGAAGGUGAAGGGGCAGCCAUGUUGAACAACAUGCGGGUCUACGGCACCAUCUGUCUCCUCUUGAUGUCGUUGCUGGUCUUUGUGGGUGUGAAGUACGUGAACAAACUGGCCUCCAUCUUCCUGGCCUGUGUCAUCGUCUCCAUUGUCUCCAUAUAUAUUGGAGCGCUGGUCUCUGCUUUCAAAGAGCCACAUUUUCCCGUGUGCAUGCUGGGAAACAGAACUAUCAACGGCCAUGAUGUUGCCGACAACCAGUGUAGGAAAACUGUCCUGGUGCAGAUCAAAGACACAGCCGAGGCACCAGACACUAACUUCACGACUGUUUUUGAAAACAGCACAGUGGGUCCCACCUUUUUCCCCACACUUACCCCUGCUGUGGUGGAGAAGACGUCGUAUCUUUGGAAGCAUUUUUGCCAGGGCCAAGAACUCAACGCCUCCUGUGAUGAAUACUUCAAUGCCAACAACUUUUCAGAGAUUUCAGGGAUCCCCGGUCUGGCCAGUGGGAUCAUUUCAGAGAACCUGUGGAGCUCCUACCUCAGCAAAGGGGAUGUAGUGGAGAAAGGCUCCCUCAGCUCCUCUCACGUUUCCCAUCCGGCAUCCACUCAGCAGCCGUAUGUGUUCGCUGACAUCACCACCUCCUUCACACUUCUCGUGGGCAUCUUCUUCCCCUCGGUCACAGGAAUCAUGGCUGGUUCCAACCGAUCAGGGGAUUUAAAAGACGCUCAGCGCUCCAUCCCGAUUGGAACCAUCCUUGCCAUCCUCACCACCUCUAUCGUCUACCUGAGCAGUGUUGUGCUGUUUGGCGCCUGCAUCGACGGCGUGGUCCUCAGAGACAAGUUUGGAGAUUCUGUUAAAGGCAACCUGGUAGUGGGAACUCUGGCUUGGCCCUCCCCCUGGGUCAUUGUGAUCGGCUCUUUCUUCUCAACAUGCGGCGCAGGCCUCCAAUCGCUGACCGGCGCGCCCCGACUCUUGCAGGCCAUUGCCAAGGACAACAUCAUCCCCUUCCUCCGGGUGUUUGGCCAUGGGAAAGCUAAUGGGGAACCCACCUGGGCCCUGCUGCUGACGGCUCUGAUAGCCGAGCUGGGGAUUCUCAUCGCCUCUCUGGACCUGGUGGCUCCCAUCCUAACAAUGUUCUUCCUGAUGUGCUACCUGUUUGUGAACCUGGCCUGUGCUCUCCAGACCCUCCUGAGGACGCCUAACUGGAGGCCACGCUUUUCCUAUUACCACUGGACCUUGUCAUUUUUGGGAAUGACUAUUUGCUUGGCGCUCAUGUUCAUAUCCUCUUGGUACUACGCAAUCGUUGCCAUGGUGAUCGCCGGCAUGAUCUACAAGUACAUAGAGUAUCACGGAGCCGAGAAGGAGUGGGGGGAUGGGAUCCGAGGUCUGUCACUCAGCGCCGCCCGUUAUGCUCUGCUGAGGCUGGAGGAGGGACCACCGCACACCAAAAACUGGAGGCCCCAGCUGUUGGUGUUACUAAAACUGGACGAGGACGCCCACGUCAAGUCUCCUCGCUUGCUGACGUUUGCCAGCCAGCUGAAGGCGGGAAAGGGCCUGACCAUUGUUGGCACUGUUGUCUCUGGCAACUUUCUACAAAGCUACGGGGAGGCUCUCGCUGCUGAACAGACUCUAAAGCACCUGAUGGAUAAGGAGCGUGUGAAGGGCUUCUGUCAGUGCAUCAUUGCUCAGAAGCCACGAGAAGGCAUCAGCCACAUGAUCCAGUCCAGCGGCCUGGGAGGAAUGAAACCCAACACUGUGGUGAUGGGCUGGCCUCACGCCUGGAGGCAAAGCGAGGACCCGCAGUCCUGGAAGACCUUCAUCAACACAGUGCGGGUGACCACAGCGGCUCACCUGGCCCUGCUGGUGCCCAAAAACAUCUCGCUGUUCCCCAGCAACAGUGAGCCCUGCACAGAGGGCUACAUCGACGUGUGGUGGAUUGUCCAUGACGGAGGGAUGCUGAUGUUGCUGCCUUUCCUCCUGCGUCAACACAAGGUGUGGCGUAAAUGUGGGAUGCGAAUCUUCACAGUGGCCCAGAUGGAGGACAAUUCGAUUCAGAUGAAGAAGGACCUGGCAACCUUCCUCUAUCACCUACGCAUCGAGGCAGACGUGGAAGUAGUUGAGAUGCAUGACAGUGAUAUCAGUGCGUACACCUAUGAGAGGACACUGAUGAUGGAGCAGAGGUCCCAGAUGCUCCGACAGAUGCGACUGUCUAAGUCAGACCGGGAAAGAGAGAGAGUACGCUGGAGUUUUGAUGAUGUGUAUCUUUCCCCCAGGUACAGGAGUACCGGAGUCCACACGUCAAACACCUCUAAAGGAGACAGAGACAGACAGGCUCAGCUGGUGAAAGACCGGAACUCCAUGCUGCGUCUGACGAGCAUCGGGUCUGACGACGACGACGACACCGACGGCGGAGAGCGAGACCGAGCAGUGAGCAGCGGCGGCGGCAGCUCCGAGCACCAUCGUCGUGUUCAGAUGACCUGGACCAAAGAGAAGACCUCACAGUACCGAGCAACACACUCCGGCUGCUCCACACCCGAAGGCUUCAGAGACAUGCUGAGCAUCAGGCCGGAUCACUCCAACGUCAGGCGGAUGCACACCGCCGUCAAACUCAACGAGGUCAUCGUCAACAAAUCCCACGAUGCUCGGCUCGUCCUGCUCAACAUGCCGGGACCCCCGAGGAACCCUGACGGAGACGAGAACUACAUGGAGUUCCUGGAGGUCCUAACAGAAGGGUUGGAGCGAGUCCUGUUGGUCAGAGGCGGAGGAAGUGAAGUCAUCACCAUCUACUCCUGAUUGGACAAACACAGGAAGCCAGCAUGAACAAAAACAAGCAGCCAGUCAUGCAGAAGUAAGCGAAGGGAGACGGCGGGGUCUGAGAGCUCUGCGGGCCCGGGCCCUAAAAGAGAGACUGUCAUUGGCUGCAGCGUCAGUCGUCACGCCCAACACCCCACUCAGCCCCUUUCCUUUCACCUUUACACUUUUCUGCCAUGACAGCAGUUUCCAUUCCACAUAUGUCAAGCUACGGAAAUGCCAACACGAUUCCAUGAAAGAGCAUAAACAAAAAAACGAAAAAAAAAAAACACCUGACUGAUCAGCUGUGUGUGUGUGUGUGUGUGUGUGUGUGUUUGUGUGUGAGAUUCAUCCACCUGAAGGAGCUCUGAUUUGUCGGAGAAGGGACCAGCCUUGUGUUAGGAACGAUUGUGUCUUUUUUUAUUUUUUUCCCAGUUGACCACUGACUGAGAAAAAAUGUUAAACGCCGAGUGUGAGCGGCUGUGAAGCGUCCCAGAACUGAGCAGUUGUUUCGCUGACGAGACUCAGGGUUGCUCUUAGUACAGAAUGUCUUCUGGAAGCAGGUGAGAGGUGUGAGUAGAGCCUGAAUGUCUGAUCUGAGCAGAGUGUUGUUUUUUUUUUUACUUCAUUUUUUAAGACAUGGACGGUUUUUUCCAGUCGUACAUAAAGACUGGAAAAGUAACACUGCACCAGAGGAAGGGAGGAGUUUAGUUUAAAACUUACUUACAGGACGUAUGAGGUGAGUCUGUGUACAUCGGUGGUGUCUCCUGACUUUGAAAACUUAACAUUUUAAAGGAUCUGUGAGGAGGAAACGGACUGCAUAUCAAUACUGGCCUCAUCUCUUCAUAUCCACGAAUGUUUGCACAAACCUUUAUCCACAGUGAGGUUCAAGGUGAAUUAUUUCCUAAUUCUUGUGUGAAUGUCUGAUUUUGCUGCUAUUUCUCAGAUUCUGGUCUCCUGUAUGGAAGCCCACUUCCUCCACGAAAGAUGAAAGUUCACCAUAGACAAUGCGGAACUUGGAACUUUUUAAAAACUAAAAAUUUUUUUGGUUUAAAAAAAAAAAAAGAUCUGAUGAAAACAGGAAUUUAAAAAAAGUUUGAUUUUAAUUGGAUAAAUUGCGAGAUAUGAAGUAUUUCAUAAAAUUUCAAAUAGAUUUAAUAUAAAAAGUCAAAAUGACACGACACUAAGUUGAAAUUAUAAGAUAUUAAGUAAAAAUGACUCCUGACAAGCUGGUGGCAUGAGAAGGAAAAUGUCUUAUAAGAUGAGAAAACCACCACAAACACAAGAUGUGUUUUUUUGGCAAGUUGAAAUGUAGAAAUGAAAAGUCAAAUUUCUCUCUUAUUAAAUAAAUUCAAGAUAUGCGACACGUAUAAUUUUAUCCCAUAAUUUAGACUGUAUUUUAGUAGGUUUAUAUUGUUCCAGUGUCUGAAUAUAAUCUUUGUUUUUCUUGGCAGAAAUGGGCUUCGAUACUUAAUCUGAUGAAAACAAACGACAGAAACGGCUUACAGUUACCAAAUGGCACAUAUCUUUAUCUGCAAAACACAAACGCCAGCAGUCUGCUCUGAUACUGAUGGGAAUAGCUUAGAUCGAGAACAGGGCUGUUUUUAUGAACCACAUUUAUGGAUUUGUUGAUGUCAAACACGAUUCCAGGAGAACCAAAAUGAAACCAAUGCCAGGAAAUCGUCGGAGGUCUUCUCUGUGUCGCGCCGGCUCCUUGUCGGCCUGCAUGUGAAUAGUUGGUAGAUGACAGCAGCGAAGAGGGAGUUUGAAAAAGCUGCAAGUGGGAAGAGUUUGGAGAACAGUAUUGUUGACCCCCUGGACCACCAUGGAGAGGACCACUGCACUGCAUGUGUGUAAAUGUUUGUGUGUGUGACUGUUCAUUUGGCACAUCACGGUGUUUUCCAUUUCCCCUCAAGAGAACAUCGGCCACGCUGCGUAGUGUGAGCUCGUGCCCUGAAACUCUCCACCUCAUGCACACCUGACAACAACCUGCUCACAUCCUGCUCUGUGUGUGCACGUUUGUGUGUGUGUGUGUGUGUGUGUGUGUGUGUGUGAAUGGGAACUCCUGAGCUUGUUGCUGAAGUGAGGAGCUCCUGACUCGGGGUGUUUGAUUCCACUCUAAUGCUUUGUUCAUUUUCUUUUUUUUACAGUGUUACCGUGCAGGGAUUGUUUUAUGUUCAUUGUUAUUUCCUACACAUUGUUUUCUUGCUUGUACAUAAAGACAAAAAAAGAUCCCAAGUUUUAUCUUUUUUUAAUUACAUUAAUAUAAAAAGGAAUCAUAAAAACUUUGCUUGAAAAAAUAUCGGAAUAAAUAAAGCGAUUUUGAAAGAAA